ACUACUGAGUACUCCUAGAAGCACUGAUAAUGGCUUCGUUUAAGCCCUACUCUUCCCUGACAGAGGCACCUACCAACCUGAAGGAGGCCAUUGACUGGGUCCUGAGGGUAACUGGUAGGGAUGGAAAGGCACUGAACAAGGAUGAAUGCAUAUGUGGCCUUGCGGCGGCAGUGACUGACCUACUGCAGUCAGUAGAACUGGAGUACCAUGGUGAUGUUAAGAAUGGUGCUGAAGGCGACAGCAAGACUACUAAAGGCGCCAGUGCUGACACAGUGAAAGGCCACCUCAAUGGACUAUUCUCUCUGGUACAGGGACUAGGUGGUACUGCAGUGGUACGGACCUACAUAGACCAGCUGGCACAGGUACUCAGUGCACUCGUUGGGUGGAGUAGGAUAGAUAAGUGUCCUGACAAGGGCACGUGCGUGAAGGAUGACAAGUUACAUCAUGGCCUAGAUGGCUGCAUGUAUCUAGAUGAUAUAGCGCCAAGCAACAAGUGUGAGAAGUGUGAAUGUAUGAAAUGGGACGUGAAGAAGCCGGACCAGGAAGGAACACCGCUGGGAAGGAAGUGCCAGAGGUGUAAGGGUAGUGGUGAUGCACAGUGUAGCUGUAGUACUGGUGGAUGUAGUCCUGGCGAGGAGUGUCAAUGCGCCAAAAAAGGCAAAUGCUGCAAGUGUUGUUGUACGGGUUGUACGAAGUGUAAGACGAAUGCUAAGUGUAGUUGUGUCAAAGAAGAGGAAAAAGGCUAUAGAUCAGCAUAUCCACACAAGACGACUCUAGUAAAAAGUUCAUACGUAGAGGAUAGGACUGCAUACAUCUUCCAUCCAUGGAAUGACCUCGAUCCAUCAACCAAGCCGGGAUAUCUAUAUUUUGACGAUAAAUUGACCCCCUCCCACCGCCGUCACCAAUGUGCCCAAAUCUUACUAGGGUCAGUAUGUCUCAUCUGGAGUGGAGUGACUUACAUGCAUUGGACGGGCAAGUACGCCGCGGGUAGUCCGUACUGGAACAACCACAUUUUGGAUGGUAGUGGUCUAGAUGAUGGUACACUAUCCCAAUGGCUGCAGGCCUUAGGGUUCCCCAGGGGUAUGCUUAAUAAUGGUGGGCCACAGAAUAGACUAGAUAAGGUCAUAUGGGAUGGAUUUAGGGAUAAGUUUUUCUUGGGAUUCUUGGAGCCUAAAGGCCUUAGUGAUAGUGGUGAAGCCAAUGACCAAAAUGGUAACACAGCCAGAAGUCCUUUCGGUAUGAAUUAUGCCGGUUUUGUACAUACUGCACAUAGGGAUUCAUUUAACAAAGAUGCUACUGUCUUCAAGAAGAAUGGCAGUGCCUCUGGUACUACUGGCCAAAUCAGUGAUACUAACCAGCACAAAAACGGUGCCAAUUUCAAGCUCUAUAUUCUAUCAUGUGCCUACUUUACUGGAUUACAAAAGAAGGCUACUGAAAGUACCACUCACAGUACUACCUCUAACACACCCAAGACCAUCCGGGAAAUUCUAUACUGGCUUAGUGCAUUGCCCUAUAGUCAGGCAUAUAAGCAGUUACUGGAUCAUUCUAAGGAAUCAUUGAAAAAAGUAGCACCUGAUGUUGGAGACAAAAAACAGCUUUCCUUUCUUCAAACAGGCCUUAAACAUCCCAUUACUGUUCAUGAAUACAACCUGUUUGCCCACUUCCAAGCAGUGACCCAGUACUGCCCACUGGUCCUCAUAGGUAUCCAGGGUGGCCUCAAAAGCACUGACUCUCCUGCCAUCCAUGCCCUCUAUGCCAACACGGAGUGCAACUUCACCUAUCCAGCAGUGCCCAUCCAAGCAUACAACCAGGUGGUUCACUACAUCAGGGCUCUAUUCUACCAGUUGUACUUCCUUAGGAAGCAAUGUGCAGUUAAAGUUGCUCUAGGAGGCAAAUGGCGUGAAUGUAGGUAUGGCAGUGGCGUGCUUGGGAAGGGGGUAAUUAGCUGGAUGUGCCUGGGGUGUAGCCCCAUGGAACAUGAUAGAAAGGGGAGGGUUGAGAAGGUAAUGAGGGAAACAUUGGGGAAGGUGAACGAAGAAGUAGCACUGAAGGUAAAGGAAGUAUUACAGGCUAUAGGGAAUGUAGUGGUACAAUUGGGUAAUGCCCAGGAGGCAUUGGAAGGGAAGAAGAAAGAGGCUAUAGAGGGGGUGAAGGCAAAACUACAGGAGGCUAAGGAGGGACUAGAUAAGGCUAGGACGGCGCUAGAGGAAGCGGCGAAGAAAGUGAAUGGGGAUGGGCUGAGUGGGAAUGAACUAACGAAGGCUAAGACGAAACUAGAUGCGCUGGCGAAGAAUGGUGGUGGAAAACUAGGGGAGGUAGUGCAGAAAUUAGGGAAGGCAACGAGUGAUGAUUUCGAUCAAGGUAAGAAUGAACUAUCCAAUGCUAUCAAAGGAGUACGUGAUGCAUUGGAGGCAUUAAAAGAAGAGCUAAAAGAUGAUAAAUCACCACUAUAUGGCAAACUACCAGAUUGGGUCAGAGAGUUGUUCCACAAAGCCAUUGACAAGUUCAUCUCCAUAUGCAACUCUCCAAAGUGCCCAACCUGUGACCAACACUCCACCAAGUGUGGCCAGCAGGGGACUCCUACGAUGUGUAAGGAAUGUGGCAAUAUGACCACCACUGGUGUCCCCUCCCCCCUCCAGGCCUUCCUCGAGGAUCGGUUACCAGGCUUUAGUUGUAAAGAGGUACCGGACACCGAGAAUCCAGAGUACCCUCCUGCAGCAUCCCACCUACGACACUGUGGUGGUUCCGGCCAGUGCUGCCCAUUGCCAAUGGGUUUUAGAGGGCAAUUCCACAUGGGCAGCAUCGCUGACAUGACGGGCUCAAGACUCUACGCCAUCUUCUACUUCUUCAGUAACGAGAACAUGAUGCAGUCGUGUGUCUAUACACUAGUGAGGGUAACAGCAGAACUCAGUGCUACUACACCACAGGUACUGGGUGAUGUCUUUGGGUUCUUUAGGGGUGGUGUAGGAAAUAAGGAGACAGGAGAGACUAAGAGUGGACAGAAGAGCAAGGAAUGCACUCACUCAGGCGACCCGUCUAAGAAAGGAAAUGACGAUUACUUUUGCGGCUGGUGUGCCUCUGGGUUACGGGAUGUAGUGAAAGACAUUGAGUGGAUACCAAAGGGAAAGGACAGUUACAGGGAGACUGUCGGUAGAGCCCUGAUAGAUAUUAAGGGCGACAAAGACACUACCGUUUCAUAUUCCGGUGCUACCACCACUAAUACUUCCCUCUCACGACUCACUGAGAACUGCCAGUACCUCUCCCCCCUAACCGGUGAACUCUAUACCGCAGUGAGUGCCACUUUCGGUGGAACAUACCUCUCAUGGGUACUGUAUCUGUCAGAUGCGCUUCAAUGGGGACUAGAGUCACUGUCAGAGGCAUUCCAACAGAUUGAAUGCCGUGGUUGCAGAGACUGUGACCCCAAUAAGUGCAAGAAGGGAAGUCACGGUAACAAGGGUGGUGCACAAUGUCUAUGCCAAUCAAUCGUAUCAUGUACCGGGGUACUACCGGUUCUCUAUAGACAUGGCUUCAGCUAUGGUAACCCAUUCAAUCUGGAGGGGUACCAGCAGAAGGGGGAGAAGGAUGGAGAUUAUAGCAUAGAGAAGGUGGAUACGGGGAAGAAGCAGUGUCAUCAAUUCCUAGAGAGCCUAAGCAAAGUACUAGAGGACGAGAAGGGCGCCUCUAAGGACCACCCCCUCAGCAAUCUCCUAAAGCAAAUCGGCCAACUCCAAUACGACAUACGGCUCCCCUGGAUCUUUGUGUUGACCUUGGCCUGGCUAGUGGCGCUACUCUACCUAGCAUUUGGUGCCAUAUGGCCACUGGACUGGACAUAUAUGAGGUCGCAUUGGUUACGGGGUGGAGCACACCAGUGGCAGUGUAUGUGGUAUAAGGUGAUGACGGGACGGAAGGGAAGAGUAGUGCUGGAGGGGGUGGAAAAUUUUGGUCAAUGUUUAGUAGUGCUUUUAGUAAUGUUUUAGUAUCAUGGUUAGUAAAUGUUUAGCAAGGUAGUGGUAGAAUUUUUGGGUAGAGUAAUAUGUGUAGUAGUACCUUUUGGC